AUGAACGCCAUGUUUCUUUCGCGCAUGUCACGAUCCGUCGGGUAUCGUUUCUAUUCCAACUCAUUUGCGUGUUUCAAUACUACCCCAGCGGUGGAUAAGAUGUAUGAUAUCCUGCAAGAAUACCGUGCCAAAAAUUACUCGAGAGAAUUGUCAAGUCGAUUUGUCAAGGAACUUUUAAAACACACGGACGAGAACAAGGAUGGGAAUAUGGAAUAUUCCGAAUUCAAGCAGUUUCUAGACAACAUUGGGGUGGGAGAUCAAAUGAAUAAAGAAGAGAUUGAUGAUGUUUUGAAAUAUGUGGGUGGAGAGGAUGCCCUAGAUGGUCAAAUCUCGAUUGCCAACAUGCAAAAGGUCCUCAUUGAUGAUUUGAAAGCCCGAAAGAAAUAA